GCCCCCGGCCACCGGUUUGGUGACGUCAGAAGCCCAGUCGGCCAAUGGGCGCGGCGCGCUGGAGCGCAGCGCGCGCUGCGCGGCAUAGUAAUGAGGCCUCGCGCCGCCCGCUCCCCCAUUCAUAAAAAGUGACCGUGGCCGCGGCCCCGCCCCCUCCAGAGCCGGCCCGCGCUGUCCUUGACGCUGCGCCCUCUGCGGGUCGGGGGGCUUUGGGGGGCGCUAAUGGGAGAGCCUCACAAAAGGCUCAGGGAGGCCACCGAGGAUGUGGGAAGAGGACAAGGGACCGGGAUAGUCUGCGGGGGUGACGAGCACCCUCGGGUGUCAGAAAUGGGCUGACACCAGACAGGUGAUGGGGCUGAAUGGGCGUCCCCGGUGAGGAUGACAGGCUUUGCCUCUGAUAGGGCCCUGAGGUGACGGUGACAGGAGCACGAGGGAGUAGGGAGGUGGGUGGCUGUGACGAUAUGAGCGUGGUGACAGAUCUGGGAGGACGGUGGCUGGGGGACGUUGGCGGUGGGGGGAGGGAUAGGGCUCCUCAGGGCAGCCAGGGAUGUGUCAGGGUGACUGCAGCAUGAGGAAGCUCGGAGACCCCAGGGUCUCAGAGGUGGUGACAAAGCUUUGGAGAUGACUGUUCGGGUGAAGGAACUUCAGGUCACUGUGACCCUGUCAAGUGCUGAAGGACUGAGGCGACAGAGCUAAAUGAGGACUGUGGGGUCCCGGAAUGAAGAUCAAGUGACUUGUGAGUGGGUCCCAGAGUGAGGGGAGAGGGUAGGAAGUCUGACGACUGGACGGUGACCCAGCAGGUAAGUUGCUGCCAGGACAGGUCUCGUGAUGCUGGGGUUGGGAUAAGGAGCUGGGUGACGUCACUGAUGUGGGCCCAAUAGCGUCCUCGCAGCACGGGAGGGUGCGCCUGGCAAGAUUUCAAAACCUGAAUAAUUUAUUGAAGGAUCUGGAAAACCAGAGCGGGGAUGGGGAGGGGGGGGUGUCACUUCCCCGAAGCAGCAGGAGAUAGGGAGCCGGGAAGAACUUGGAAACAGAAGGACCGGGCAGCUCCAUGCUCAGAGCAGCCUCUCUGAGCGCCCAGCUUAGGUAGCCCAGGGGGUGGAGCAGGGGGGAAACUUCUUUGCCAGCCCCGUCCCUAGGGAAACGCCCCAUCAGUGACCUUGUGACCCUAGUAACCAGUCCUGCCCCAAUUCUGGAAUGUUCAAGAUUGUAGGAGGGUGAUGGGAGUCAGGAGUCAAGUUAGGGUCUGAGGCUUAGGAAAGGAAGGCCAAGAGGCAGGGAAUAACAUCACACACCCUCACAGAUACCACGGAACCAGGGCUGAAGGGAAUGGCACAUUUUGGGUCGGAUGUAGUUAGUUCAGCUGGUAGGAGUAGACCAGCUUCGAACCCUAAUAUCCCUCCAUUUCCUGGCUGUGUGACUUUGAGGAGUGAGUCUCUCAGGCUCUCUGAGCCUCUUUUGUUUUGUUUUUCAUUUCUGAAAUAGUGAUAUUGGCGCCUACUGGGGACUGUCAGGAGGCGUUGGGCCCAUUAUCAGCACUGGCUCUCUAUGUACUGGCUGUCAAUGGUAUGUUUGGCCAGUGGAGGACAGCGGGGAAGCAUAGGCUUUCAGAGAAGGGGGUGGAACAAGGUGCGAAGGUGGUGGUGGACGAAAGUGGCAUCUGAGGGACACUUGCCCUCGUGAGCAGCUGGUUUGCAGUUCACCGAUGCGCUGGUGAGAACUAGUCACCAGGUACGGGGGCACACGCCUGUAACCUCAGUACUUGGGAGGUAAAGGAUCAGGAGUUUGAGGUCAUCCUGAGCUAUGAAGCCAGCCUGGACUACAUGAGACCCAUACCCAAAUAAAAACAAACUGUCCUAUCUCUGCAAGUCAAGUCCUCAAAGAUGCUCCUGUUUGCCACUUCAGCGCUGACCUUUGACUUCUCCGUGCUGUCCACCUGUCCCUACAGCUGUUUUCUUUCUCUUUUUCAUAAAUUAAAAAAAAAUUUUAACUUAUUUGUAUUUCAUUCCCAUUGGGGUUCAGCCUGCAUGUAUGUCUGUGUGAGGCUGUUGGGUCCCCUGGAACUGGAGUUACAGACAGUUGUGAGGUGCCAUGUGGGUGUGGGAAUUGAACCCGGGUCCUCUGGAAGAGCAGCAAGUGCUCUUAACUGCUGAGUCAUCUCUCCAGCACAAUAUUUUCUUUUCUUUGUUAAAAAAGAUUUUUACUGCUGGGUGGUGGGUGGCACACACUUUUGGUCCCAGCACUUGGAAGGCAGAGGCAGGUGGAUCUCUGUGAGUUCGAGGCCAGCCUGAUCUACAGAGUGAGUUCCAGAACAGCCAGGCCUACAUAGAGAAAGCCCGUCUCAAAAAGAUAGUUAUUUUAAUUGAUGUGUAUGUGUGUGUUUCUAGGUUGAGUGCAUGUGUAGAUACUCAGAGAGGCCAGAAGACAGUAUCAAAUCCCUUGGAGCUGGAGUUAUAGGUGGUUGUGAGCUGCCUGGAGGAGGUGUUGGGUCCUUUAGAAGAGCAGCAAGUGUUUGUUUAUAACUGCAGAGCCAUUUCUCCAGGGCUUGUGUCUCCCCAUCCCCAUCCUACCCACCCCAUCCCCCACCAUCCCCAACCCCAGCAGUUUCUUGAGAUCUUUGCUUCAUACAGACCAUAUCCUGCCAUCUGUAUUUGGAUUAAUUUUUCUUUAUAGGAUAACCAUGAAUUCCACCCAAGCAAGCUGUGCCCCCCACACACAUACAGUGGCCCCAACAUCCCGCACCAAAACAGGUUCUGAAUCUAACUAUGAAGAUAACAUCCUGUGUGGUCUUGGACAUUUGAGCUAGUUUUCUUCAAAUUUCUUAGUGACAGUUAUCCCAGGGUGAAGACAUUAGCUUCCGUUUGUUUCUGCUGAAGCCAACAGAUGGUCAUGAACUCCCUCAUUUGCGUGUCACUGUGUACUUUAUGGCGAGGAUUGCCUUUCUGGCUGCCAGGGAGGGAAAGUGUGAGGGUAUGUCUAACCUGAGAGCACUUGGAGACUCAAAGACGGAGUGAGACAAUAGAUUUUCACAUGUGUGCACUCUCAGGCACCAAACUCUGUGUGUGUAUGUGUGUGUGUGUGUGUGUGUGUGUGUGUGUGUGUCUGUGUCUGUGCACAUGCUCACCCAUGUGUGUGCAUGUGUAUUCGAUGUGCAUACACAUGUGUGUCUCAGACUUGUGGGAAUCCUCCUUAGCUGGGAUUACAGGUGAGCUACCACACCCGGCUGAACUCAGCUCUUACGUGCUCUCUCCUCCCUGAGACCUUCUCUCCAGGGGAAGGACAAGCCCUUCUUGCUCCAUCUCCUUACUGCUUCCCCACCACCAGCCCUACAAAGUGAAGGGACAGAGCCCACGCUUCAUAGAAGCCGAAGGACUUGCCCAAUCCACACUGCGAGUGGUAGCACUGGACUUCAAAGCUGUGGCCACGCCCAGGGUGCCUCCCACUCUGGCACAGAUGGCACCCUCUCCCAACAAGGGGCUGAGUGAAGUCAUCUCACUGACAAACCUGCAGUUCCUCAGGUGGCCACCAGAUGGCUAUGAGCUUCCCUGGCCAGUUUUUUGUCUGCAUGUAUGUCUGUGUGCCACUGUUUUUCCGGUACCCUCUGAGGCCAUAAGAGAGCAUCAGAUGCUCGGGAAGUGGAGCUAUUGAAGGUCGUGAACUGUCGGUGUUAGGAAUCAAACCCAGGCCCUCUGGAAAUCAACACAUACACUUGACCUCGGAGUCAUGUCUCCAGCCCUCAUUCAACCAAUUUCUACUAACAGUGGCCUGGUCUCGGGGUCAGGUAGGGGACAGAACAAUACGUAAGCCACACUCCUGCAUGUUCCACUUUCAUUUAUAUUGAGUAUCUGCUAUUUGCCAGGCAUGGAGAGAAACACCGCAGUGAACAGAAAACAUUCCUCCUUCCUGGAAUUUCUAUCUUAAUAGAGAGAAUAGAGAGAAACAGACAACGCCCAAAGAGAUGCCAACUAUGAUGUCGUCUAUGAUAUCAAGUCCUUGAGGGUCUCAUAGAGCAAUGCACAGGCACACAUGCACACGAACAGUAGGACAGGAGAGCUAAUCAGCAUCUACUUCAUCCUGUGUGCAGGGGGUUCACCCGGGAAGAAGAAAGCCAUGGCUCCUGCCAUUGUGGAGCGUGUAGACCAGGAAAAAAAUGGGCAGUUAAUUAUGCAUUGGACACGCGCUCCAAAGGAAUGCAGGUGCUGGCAUGUAGAAUAAUUAGGAGAGGUCUUUUCAGCAGAGAGGUUAGGAAAUGAGUCACUUCAAGAGGGAACAGAAGAGCUUGCCUUUCCAGGACAGGGCACAGCAAGUGGACAGUCCCCCAGGAGGGGAAGAGUAUGAGGGCCAGAGAGGAGGCUGGAUGAACACAGAAGCUAAGGGAGCGUAGGCUUGAGCCCAGAAUGCAUCAGGAGAGUCUCCAGUGGGUGAUGGAGAGAGCCUGGAGCUGGAAGGUGCUGGCGGGGCUGAGGGGGCAAUAGGACCUGGGGUGGGUUUUUUUUUUUUCCCAAGGAUCAUUUUCAGUGGUGGCUCAAAGGAGUAAUAGCUGGACAGAUGGAGCUAAGGGCAGAGAGCUGGGAUAAAGGCAAGAAGAAUGCCUUCCUAUCAUGGAAAUGAGGCAUGAUGGGAAAGGUUGAGACAAGCAAGAUACACCCAGAGGCAGGAGCUCAAGGGUUCCAGGUAGAGGGCAAGCCAUGCUGACAAGUCACUGAGAGAGAUGUGGACAUCUGUGUGAGGGCCCGCUCAGGGAGGGACUGUGGGGCCCAGGAGACAGGGAGAUGGGGUCUGAGGAUUUGAGCUGGGGGCGAGGGCAGGGGUGAGAACCAAGUGAGCUCCAACCUGGGUGGUGGGGGGCAGUGAGAAGAACAGAGAAGCUAGAGCUUUCCUGUGUGGAGGACAGGAAACAGAAGCCUAGUGACACCCAGGUGGAGGUGCACCGGAGACAGGGACACCCCCCUCCCCCAGGAGGCCCAGCUGAGUUAUAACUUCCCCUGAGAAGCUGCAGGCUGAACAUGGCACAGCCCAUGCCGUGGAGCAGCUGUGGACAUUAGCUGACUGACUCUGAUUAGAAUAUAUUUUACAUCUUGUUGGUAAGAAGGGUUACUGGAGGCUGGAGAGAUGGCUCAGUGGUUAAGAGCAGUGGUUGCCUUUCCUGAGGUCCCAGGUUCGAUCUCCAGCACCCACACAUGGAGGAGGCUCACAGCCUUUUAUUGUAGCUCUAGCUGUCCUGGAACUCACUCUGUAGACCAGGCUAGCCUCGAACUCAUAGAGAUUCUCUUGCCUCUGCUUCCUGAGCGCUGAUGGAUUAAACUCGUGUACCACCAUCGCCCGGCUGCCCUCGGUGACCCGGCGGAGCCCCAUCCCUUUGGUCCAACCCCGCCCCAAACCGCCGAACACAGCCACGCCUCCCUCUGGCCCCCUCUUCUCUGGCCAAGCUCUCCCUGGACCCUCCCACCGGCCACACCCACCAGCCACGCCCCUGUGUGGCCACGCCCCCGUUGCCCAGGUCUCCCUCUGGCAAGCUCCGCGAGUGGAGUCAAGAAAGGACGCGCCACCCCAGCUGUCCGCCGACCCCCAAUCCCGGCCCCCGCGCCCAUGACCGCACCCGGCGGACCCCGCGCCUUGCGCGCAGCUCUCUGCGGCGGUUGCUGUUGCCUCCUCCUGUGUGCCCAGCUGGUUAUAGCUGGUAAAGGAGCGCGAGGCUUUGGGCGGGCAGCCUUGAUCCGCCUGAACAUCUGGCCUACUGCCCAAGGGGGCUGCAAACACCUGGGACACUGUGAACGCUGUGUGGACAGAGCCCACAACCUCUCCAUUUGCGUCUGGCAGCGAUGUGGGCCAGAGGAGCCAGGACAUUGUGUCGCCCAAGCUGAGGUGGUCAAGGAGGGUUGCUCUGUCUAUAACCGUUCAGAGUCAUGCCCAGCUUCCCACCACCACCCCACCCAUGAACCGAAGACCAGCACAACAGGGAGUCCCCCCGUCCCUGAAGCCCACAGCCCGGGUUUUGACGGAGCCAGCUUCAUCGGGGGCAUUGUGCUGGUGCUGAGUCUGCAAGCAACAGCCUUCUUUAUACUGCGCUUCCUCAAGGCCAAGGACAGCACUUACCAGACACUGGAAGAGAACCAGUAGGUGUCAGCCCCCAGGCCAGUCCUCAGUCCACUGCCGCUGUGGGCAGCAGCCAGGGCCGUGUGUCCAGUGUGGUUUUCUCUGAGGAAGGGGCUGGGCGAGGCUUUGGUGUGCCUGUUCUGUGUGCUGUGGGGCCAGGUGUGCAGCCUGCAUUAAAAUGUUGAUUCUUCCA